AUGAGGUUCGGCCAGCAGUUGCGCACCUCCCUCAUCAAGGACUGGUACUACUACUACAUUUCCUACGACGACCUCAAGGAGAGCCUCAAGAAGGCUGGCGACGGCUCCACCACCGCCAAGACCGGCUCGCGACGCGUCGAGUGGACCGAGAAGGACGAGCAGCGUUUCGUGCACGAGCUGGAGCAGGAGCUCGACAAAGUCCACACCUUCCAGCAGGUCAAGAGCGGCGAGAUUGUGCGCCGCAUCAAGGUCUCGGAGAAGGAGGUCAACGACGUGAUCCAGCGCGCCGAACAGGCCAACAAUGGGAACCAGAACGUCGAUGCGCCCUCCGAGGAGGACUUUGAGGCUCUCGAGGAGGACUUGAGCGACAUCAUCGCCGACGUGCACGACCUGGCCAAGUUCACCCAGCUGAACUACACCGGCUUCCAGAAGAUUAUCAAGAAGCAUGAUAAACUCACUUCAUGGCACCUCAAGCCCGUAUUCGCUGCCCGUCUGCGCGCCAAGCCCUUCUUCAAGGACAACUACGAUGCCUUCAUCGUCAAGCUCUCCAAGCUCUACGACCUCGUCCGCACUCGCGGGAGCCCGGCCACGGGUGACUCGGCUGCCGGUGGAUCUCAGCAGAACUUCGUCCGUCAAACGACCAAAUACUGGGUGCACCAGGACAACAUCACGGAACUGAAGCUCAUCAUCUUGAAGCACCUGCCCGUCUUGGUCUUCAACGCCAGCAAGGAGUUCGAGCCCAAAGACUCGGCCAUUUCCUCCAUCUACUAUGACAAUACGGACACGUGGGAGCUCUACACCGGCCGCUUGAAGAAGACCGAGGGCGCCGAGGCAAUUCGUCUCCGUUGGUAUGGCGGCAUGGAAACGGACACCAUCUUCGUAGAAAGGAAAACCCACCGGGAGGAUUGGACCGGCGAAAAGUCCGUCAAGGCGCGUUUCGCUCUGAAAGAGAAGAAUGUCAACGCUUUCUUGUCCGGCAAGAUGACUGUCGAUCAGGUCUUUGAAAAGAUGCGCAAGGAGGGCAAGAAGAGCCCAAAAGAGAUUGCGGAUCUGGAACAGCUCGCACGCGAGAUCCAGUACCGCGUCAUCACGCGCAAGCUGGUACCCGUCACUAGAUCCUUCUACAACCGCACGGCCUUCCAGCUCCCCGGAGACGCUCGUGUGCGCAUCUCUCUGGAUACGGAGCUGACCAUGACCCGCGAGGACAACCUCGACGGCCGGAACCGCGCGGGCAAGAACUGGCGCAGGAUGGACAUUGGUAUCGACUAUCCCUUCUCGCAGCUGCCUCCCGAGGAUGUGGAACGCUUCCCCUAUGCGGUCCUGGAGGUCAAGCUUCAGACGCAGAUGGGACAGGAGCCUCCGCAGUGGAUUCGAGAACUCACGGCCAGCCACUUGGUGGAGGCUGUGCCCAAGUUCAGCAAGUUCAUUCACGGAACCGCCAAGCUGCAGCCGGAACGUAUCCACCUGCUGCCCUUUUGGAUGCCGCAGAUGGACGUGGACAUCCGCAAGCCCAUCAGCCAUCGCUUUGGCAUCGAGCGUCCGGGACAGAGUGCCGACAUCUCGACCAGCGGCGCCGGCUACGACGACGAGAGCGACGAGGAAGAUGAUCUCGCCUUGCCGGAGGGUACGCCGGAAGACGACGAGGGCCUCCGCCGUCUGCGUGAAGCUCGUGAUGCCAUGGAGCAGCAUGACCUGGACCAGAGGCGCGACUACGGAGCCACCGUCAAUGGAGACAACAACGGGGCCCCCGGUAACAAUCUCGAUAUCGAGGAGCGCAUCUCAGCGCGCCCUCGACCUGAGGACGACUACCCACUGUACGAUUCUGAAGAUGAAGACAGCGAUGAUCUUGAGGAGGCUCGCCGUGUUGGCGGUUGGCACUACCGCCGCAAGCAGCUCGAGCACGCCGUCUCCACGGCCGGCGAGAAGAUCCUGUCCGCGCUCCAGCGCGCCAAGCCCGUCCCGCGCAGUACACCGCUGCCUGAGUCCGGGGAUAGCUUGGGCGUGCCAAAGGCAACAGGCGAGGUGAAGCGGUUCAAGGCGCCCAAGGGCAAGAGGAUCCACGUGCCCGUCCGCGUGGAGCCAAAGGUGUACUUUGCUGCCGAACGCACGUUCCUGAGCUGGCUCGAGUUCUCCAUCAUCCUGGGAAGUAUUGCGGCUACGCUGCUCAACUUUGGUGACGGUAUCGCUCUCGCCUCGGCAUGGGCCUUCACCAUCAUCGCCUGUUUCUCGCUGUUCUAUUCCAUGGGCCUGUACCUGUGGCGCGUCGACAAGAUUCGCAACCGGCGCGCCGUGCGCUACCACGACAAGUACGGUCCGACGGCGCUGUGUCUGGGACUGUUGGUCGCGGUUUUCAUUAGUUUCGGUCUGAGGUUCACGAAUCCCGAAGGUUGGAAGGGCGGCUUGAAGGAUGGAGGGAUGAAGGGCCAUUGA